AUGAAGAUACGUUUUGUAAACAAAUGCGAAAAGCCACGAGGGAAGUUCAUAAAAUUAGUGACACUUUAGUGAAUGCAAAAUUAGCGUUUGCUUAACUCCUGCCAUCUGAUGUAUUCUUCUCGUAAUUAUGGCCGAAAUCUACUCCGAUAGAGGUGCUAGUUUCACUUGUGUUGGAUGAUUCGAAAAUACGUUAUGAUCUUGGAAGUUGGAAUGAAAGGAGUACGGAGGAUAGCAAUAAUAUUAAAACAUAUAAAAAUUCUUAAUGAGCCAGUUUAUUACAAUACAAGUUGGACAAUGUGGAAACCAAAUUGGCUCAGCAUUUUGGCCCCUGGCAUUGCACGAGUACGGGAUAGACACUGCAAAUACUGGCGUGAAUUUACUUAAGAUACAACGAAAUUACAUUAAAAAUCUAAGCGAUCUAUCAGACGCGUUUCAUAGCUUUUUUUUCGUGCCCGAUAAUCGGCAUGAUUUUUGUUUCAAGACUGUAAAUGAUUUGAGAAGAGCUAAAGUCAAAGCCAGAGCUAUAUUAAUAGAUAUGGAAGAUAGUGUUGUAGGAGGAUUAAAGAGAGGUCCUUUGCGUGAUUUGUUUGAUCAAAAAUGCACUGUAACUAAUUACCCAGGAUGUGGAAAUAAUUGGGCUGUAGGUUAUCAUACUUAUGGUAAUGAAUAUCAUGAAAAACUGGAGGAUGCUAUAAGACUUACAGUAGAAAAAUGUUCACAGCUACAUGGUUUCCUAAUUUUGCAUUCUCUUGGAGGUGGUACUGGUUCUGGUUUAGGAACAGCUGUUUUAAAAUUACUAGCUGACAAUUAUCCAGUAGUAGAUAGAUUAGUAUCUUGUAUAUAUCCAACACCCAUGCAAGAUGUUGUUACAGCACCUUACAAUGCACUGUUAGCAACACAAGAACUCAUAGAACAUGCAACAUGUGUAUUUCCUAUAGAAAACACAUCCCUCCUGGAUAUAUGCAAUGCACAAUUGAGAAAGAAAGAGAAUAUAAAUCAGCUGAACUAUAAUAUUUCGUGUAAACCAUUUCAAGACAUGAACAGUAUCAUUGUAAACAUGCUUCUCCAUUUAACUAGUGGAUCCAGAUUUCCUGGUAGCUUAAAUAUGGAUAUGAAUGAAAUAGCGACGAAUCUUGUUGCUUAUCCGAAAUUACAGUACAUAUUUAGCAGUGUUAGCCCAACAGCGUUAACCGGAUCCUCAAUGUGCACCACCCAGGGAACAAAAUUAAUCGACGAAUUAUUCACUGAUGCCUGGUCACGGAAUAAUCAGUUGAUCAAAGUAGAUCCGCUACAAGCCGGUUCAAAAGUAUUAAGCGCCGCACAUAUUGUCAGAGGGAACUGUUUUAUAAGCGAUUUAAAACGAAACAUUGAAAAAUUUCAACGGAAAAUUACGUGCACGGAAUGGAGCAGAGAUGCUAUGAAGAUAGGUUUGUGCUCUGUACCUCCAGCUGGGCAUUCAACAUCUUUGCUCUGCCUUUUAAACUCUUCCUCAAUGUCCUUGUUGUUUAAAAAUAUAAUAAAACAGUUUGUUACGUUAUACAAGAGGAAGGCACAUGUGUAUCACUACACGCAAGUACGUGGUUUCGAAGAAGCACAUUUCGUUAAUAGCAAAGAGAUCAUAUUGAACUUGAUCGCGCGGUACACGGAACUAGAAAAUCAGAGACCAACGAGUAUAUCACGGCUGCAAAUCAUUUAAUUACGUCACAACAAAUUUGGUAGUAAAACCUAAAUCAUAUAAAUUUUAUUUAUUAGUUCGAUCUAUACAUUAACAACUUAAACACAAUGGAAUAAAAAUAGUAUAUCUAUCGGCAACAAUGAAAUAUCGCGUUAGUGAUCGAGAGACUGGCAAUGCGCAAAAGUGUAUAGUUGAUCGGUUGAAAAAUUUUGUUAAUACUUUGAAAGUUUAUCUACAGAGACGGCAUUUCGAAAAGCUUUUCAAAGUCUCCCACGGGCCGAGCUUAUUUAGGUACAUAUAUCGAUAAACACUGUGGUUAAUUAUAUCGUUCGAUAAUGUUUUAACUGGCUGGUAUUUGCGGCAAGCCAAACUCAUCGACCAAGACACCGUCCUAAAAAGAAUAAACGAUUUUACAGUAA